AUGUCGACAACCAAAGACGAGCGCGACACCCCCUCCACGCGCGAGCUCACCUCCAGCCAUGCCACGGACGCAGUCGAGCCUGACCCCUCCGAACCCCCCGUCUGGAAGCCGAAAAAGGGCCAGUGGCUGAUCUUCGGCUGCCUGGCGCUGCUCUCCUUCAUCAUCUCGCUGGACACCACGAUCAUCACCCCGGCCAUCCCGGUCCUGGAACAGUCCCUGAAAGGCGACACGGUCCAAGCCUUCUGGGCAGGCACCUCCUACCUUUUGGCCAGCGCAGUCUGUCAACCGUUCAUCGUCGAUCUGUCGGAUGUCUUCGGCCGCCGCGAGGUGCUGUUGGGGGUCGUCAUCCUCUUCACGCUGGGUACGAUCCUCUCGGCCGUCGCCCACGACUUCCACCUGUUUCUGGCCGGCCGGUCGCUGCAGGGCGUCGGCGGCGGGGGAAUCAUGGCCAGCUGCAUCGUGAUCACGACGGACAUCGUGCCGCUGCGCCAGCGGCCGACCUACUACGCGAUCGUGCAGAUGGCGUGGGCGAUCGGCACGCUGGCGGGGCCCGUGGUCGGCGGCGCCAUCGCCCAGGACAUCUCCUGGCGCUGGAUCUUCUACAUCAACCUGCCGUUCUGCGGUCUGGGGCUCGUCAUGGUCCCGCUGACGGUGCGGCUGCGCGCCGAGCGGCCGAGUAUCAUGCAGCGGCUGGGGUCGAUCGACUGGGUCGGCGGGGUGUUGUUUAUUGGGAGCCUGUGCAGCUUUCUGAUCGGGAUCACCUGGGGUGGGAACCAGUUCCGCUGGGAUAGCUGGCAUACGAUCGUGCCGGUUGUUGUGGGUGGGGUGGGUUGCGUGGUGGCGCUGCUGUGGGAGGCGUACGGCGCGAGGCGGCCGUUCAUCCAUCUCCAGUUGUUCGGGAGUAUAUCGGCUGUGCUGGCGUAUCUCUGCGCGUGUUUGCAGGGUGCUCUCAUGCUAGGCCUCCUCUACUUCAUCCCCCUCUGCCUGCAGACGGUCAAGCACUUCACCCCGAUCACCAGCGGCCUGGCCCUGAUGGUCAUCCUGGGGGUGAUGCUGCCCGCCAGCGUCGUGACCGGCGCCCUGCUCACCCGUCUGGGCACCUACCGCUGGGCCAUCUGGUCGGGCUGGCUGCUCUCCACCCUCGCCAUCGCCCUGCUCACCCUCCUCGACCAGGAUAUCUCAGCCGUGCGCUGGGUCUUCAUCUUUCUCACCCUCGGCACGGGCCAGGGACUGAUCCUGACCUCGCAGAACUUCGCCGUGCAGGCCUUGGCCAAGGAUAAUCGCGAUGCGUCGGCGGCGGGGCUGUACACGUUCAUGCGGUCGCUGGGGAUGUGCAUUGGCGUUGCGGUGGCGGGGACGUUCUUCCAGAAUCGGUUGGCGGAGAGACUGGGGAAGGCUGGGUUGGAUAGGCAGGUUGCGAGGAUGGCUGCUGAGUUUGCGUUGGUCUUGAGGGGCAAGGAGGGGGGGUUGGCGGAGGGGGUUAAGGCGGCGUAUGUUGCUGUGUUUCGCGAGGCGUUUCGCGAUCUCUGGAUUUUCUUUGCGGCCGUGUCGGGGUUGAGCUUUUUGCUGGCGCUGGGGAUCGGGCAUGCGAGCAUGGAUCGGGCGCUGGAGUCGGAGCAUACCCUUGUUGUGGAGCGGGGGGAGGACAAGGGGGAAGUGCAGGCAGAGGGGGAGACGGCGGGGGUUUGA